AUGGCGCCUGACGGAAAGCCUCUGAUUCGGCAAUCGCAAUACCGACCGCUUGACGACGGUAAGGAUGAGAUUCGCCUUGUCACAAUCAAACCACUGCAAUCCGGCUCGCUUGUCCAAUGUCACCUCUCGACGGCUUCAUUGAAAGACUUCCGUCCUGAAUACCUGUCUUUCAUUCACGCAUCGGGACUCGUUGAGCACUCAGUACGACGAGUGCUCCCAAAAUGGAUACGAUCUUGCAAGCAGAGACCCCAAGCUCCACCGGGGAAAGACGCUUUCCCUGUGGUUCCUGAGCCAUCUCAAGUUGCUCACCGUUACCGCUGGGGCGACUUUGCCGCUCUGUCGUACGUUUGGGGGGAAGAGAAACGGGAGAUCAUAUUAUUGAAUGGAACUCCGUUUCCAGUUACAAAGAAUCUCGAGAUUGCCUUGCGAGCACUGGCAAUCAACAAAGAAUUCCAGGGUGAUUAUAAAAUCUGGAUCGACGCCAUUUGCAUCAACCAAAACGAUGAAGUCGAGCGCGGAAGUCAGGUUCGGAAAAUGAGAGAGAUCUAUGGCGGAGCUUGGGCGGUUGUCUCAUGGCUUGGAAACAACAAUGGACGGGCAGAUGUUAAGGAUGCCUUCCACCUUCUUCGAACACUGGCGUCUCUAUCUGAAGAUGAACAGGAGCUAACCAAACUGCUUAUUCAGCGACCAGGCCUCGUGCGAGAGGAAGGCUUCUUCGCUCUUCACGAGCUCAUGAAACGGUCGUAUUGGUCGAGGCUCUGGGUUAUCCAGGAGGUUGUAAUGGGUGCAUCCUUUACCAUUUUACGGUGUGAUGAUGAGAUUCUAAACUGGGAAUGUUUCUGCAACGGUAUUUCCGUCUUGUAUCGUGGACAUAACUGGACCCUCAAGGAUCUUCUGUUGGAGAGAGAGUAUAAGCGAAGGAAUCUUAGAUUUUCGGGAUGGCACAUCACGAGCCUUCAUCUUGUUCACCAGGCGCUUCGUGAACUUAUCUCGUAUGAAGGUGAAGGUAUCGGCACCCGUCUUGGUUUCCGGCGUCUCCUACAGGUCGCCAGCUCUGGCCAGUGCCGGGAUGUCAGAGACAAAGUUUUCGGACUGCUCGGACUGAUGGACCCCGAAAUCGCAAGAGAGGUUGGACAUGAUUAUAGCCUCAGCCCUCCAAUACUGUUUGCAGCCGUGACCAAGGCCUUUAUUAAGCAUACUAACAGUCUCGAGCCUCUACGGUUGGCGAAUCCAUGGGGGAGAAACGGUUCACCUGCAUGGGCAGCAGACUGGGCCUGGAAAGGAAGAAUGCCAUCAUGGCGACCUGGUUCAACUUUUACUGGCUCAAUUAGCAAAACAGGGGCCUCGACCCUUCCACCAAAACCGGAGACAGUGUAUAAUGCCGACAACGGCACUCCUGCUGUCUACAGGUUUCUUGAAGACUGGAGAUAUCUUCAGUGCGACGGUUUCGUGCUGGAUGCGGUCGGUGGACUGGGUGCGCCCGAACGCUACUCGUUUGAAUGGGAUUCGGAUAGCAUCAUCCCAUAUCCUUCAUGGAGAAGCGCGUAUGGGAACAGAGAAGAGACAUCAAAUGCCCUGAUGCGAGCACUGCUAGGGUUACGACAUACAGAUCACGGCGGAACUCAGUUGCAUAACUUGGCUCUCUCGUGCCUCCCUUCUACCUUUAUGACAGCCUUCCCUCAGUUCGUUGAGCGAAAAUGGUCAUGGCUUGCAAACCAGCAAGGCUACUACUACAAGUGGGAAGGUUGGCGGGAGGCACAUGAUGACUUUAUGCUAGGCGAACAUCCACUGGGUAGCUUCUUUACGGAUUCCAUCCCAGCUGAUGCGCAUGAGUCUACUUAUGUUGAUGUGUAUUGCAAUGUUAGGGAAAUGGUCAUGGAGCGGCGGUUUAUGCUCACAAAACGGGGUUACUUGGGCUGGGCCCCUGAUAACUCACUUGAUGAGCGUGAGGAAAACCAUACCCAAAUCGGUGAUCUUGUUGCUAUUUUGUUUGGUUGUAGUACCCCUCUCAUUUUACGCCCGCGAGGGGAAGGAUUUGUAGUUGUCGGUGAGGCUUAUGUGGAAGGGUUUAUGAACGGAGAGUCACUUUGCCUGAUAGAAAGUGGAGAGUGUGAAGUGCAAUCUUUCUUACUAUGUUAA